GUGUUGCCUCUCAGAAAUGAGGAUUUAUAUUCUACUUGCGGUGUUCAUCAGUUCUUGUCUUGCAGACACAAGUGUUCUUCGUCCAUGUUUCGAACGAUAUCCAAACCAUCGGCUAGUCAAUGUCAGACCAUAUCAUAGUGAAUGGAGAAUGAAAACAGAGGAUAUGUGCUUGCUCUUCUGUGCACAAUCUGCGUCUCGAUGCCGUUCAGUCGUAUACGACACUGUUCAACACAUCUGCCACUACUUCUCGGAUGAAGGCGUCGAUCAGGCAAUCCUAUCAGCCAAAAUGACCUACCUUCGUGUCGUGUCUCAAUCUUGUUUGCAAGAAAGCUCCGAAAUUGCCUCGGAUCCGAAAACUUCACCACCAGAUGCUCCACCAACUCUUCUUCCAAAUUCCUUUAAUAGUAUUAAUGAAAUUCAACAAGAUAUCCACGAAGAACUCGCAAUUCCACAACCACCAACAGAAGAAGAGCAGAUUACGUCGACCGAAGCUUCCAUUCCAGAAGUUGUUACAUUCGAAACUGCUACCCAGGAAGCUAUGAAUAAUGAUGAAGAUCUAGCUGUUGUUACAACUGAAAAACCAUUUGUCCCUCCAACUUCUACCUCAGAAAAUGUUAAUAUUGAUGAAGAAGAUUUGGAUGCUGAAUUGAAAUCUGUAAUGGAACAACCAUCACAAUUCACAGGAUCAUUUGCUGAUUCUGAUGCUCAAAUUGAUAAUAAUGGUGUCUAUAGAGAUAAGACUUCAAGCGAACAAAGAUGGAUGAAUUCCAUGGAAAAAAUGGAUGUGAAGCCUUCUGAAACUAAAAAAUCAAUCGAUGAAAAACUAGAGGACCUCAAGACAGAAAACAAAGAUAAAUAUGAAAUGUUGAUGGGAACGAGUCAAGAAUCCGAUCCGGAAGUUGCAGUGGAAACUCAAAAACUUAAGAAUAACUUGAGAUACGGAGCAAAGGUUAUUAAAUUCGACGAAGAAGCAGCAUUUAGAAAACAAUCCGAAUUGAGAAGAAAGCCAGUUGGAGCAAAGAGAAGACCUGAUCUGAAACCAGUUACAAUUUCUUCAACGAGUUAUAUUCAAAAAGCAAAAUCAUUCUUGGAUGAGGUUAACGAAGAAGAGGAGAAUGAAAACAUUAUUGAAACAGAAUGCCAACAAGACGAUGUUGAUGUGUGGAUCGCUUUUGAGAACAGCGCACAAGCUGAAGAAUCAGAAAACGUUGAUAUCGAUUCAAAUGUUCCAAAUAAAAGAGAGUGCGAGAAAAUUUGCAAAGAGAAGAAUUGCCGAUCUUACACUUACUUCGAAAAGACUCACACAUGUCACUUGAGCACCAAAUCCGACGGAGUAACAAUCAAAGCUCCACCUUCUGGAGAUUUCACAGCUACUACAUCCACAAAGUUCUGCUAUCCAAGAACAUUCUCAGUUUUCGACGGAUGUUCCAACUUUGUUGCAUUCCGUGAUUAUUCAGUGAGAAUUGAAGCAGUCGAAGAAUUCAAUGAUUUACCAAAAGGAUACGAUGGAAUGCAAUUAUGUAUUGAGUUGUGUGUUUUGUCCACCAAAUUCACAUGCAGAUCAUCAACAUUCAAUCCAAUAACUGGACAAUGUAGACUGAUGACUGAAGAUUCCAUGACAAGCCCAGAUUCUUUUGAAUAUGAUGAGUUCCAGAAGGCAUUGUACUUUGAAAAUGGAUGUACAAAUGCUGAGAAUGAGACUCCAGGCUCUUCUGAUAGAAACGUGGAAAUUGUUGAGGUAAAGCCGAAGAAGAUGAAGCACAGAUCAAUUAAGAUAAAGAAGAUUCGUCGUCGUCGUCACUAGAUCAUCCAUAUGUUCUCUAGAUGUUGUUUGUUUCCAUUCAUAAUUUUCAAUUUCUGAUUUCCGAUUUUUUUUCAAUCUUCGCUACAGGUGCCAUUGUACAUUCCUAAUAAGUAUUAAUAAUACCUAUUUUAAUAAUUUGUUUUGAUCUGAUCAAAGAAUUUUAUGUUAAUUUUUUACAAUAAAUUAUUUUUUGUUGUAUAAACUGACAAAUUCAACAUUUUAUGAAUUUUUCAAAUAA